AUGUCGCGUCAGCAACUGAUUUGGUCGUUACUGAUCCUGUUUUUUGGCAACGUUCCGUUAAGUGCAGUCAGGCACUGGGGCUAUGAUGUCAGCGAGUUCCCCAACGCUUUUCAAGAGAUCAAUUUGGUGCAGGAGAAGACGGUCAUCUACAUUCAAAGUGGCAGCAAGACCUAUCAACAAGUCAAUUUCGCGUUGAAACCGGAAGCGUGAGUUUUUUUAAAAAAAUUUCCGUUUUUAGCAUUAUCUUUUAAAUUUUAAAAAAUUUUAAAUAAACUUGAAGAUGCUGCUGUAUGUAUGAAUAAAGCGAGAAGUUCCUUUGUUUUAAAAAUUAGUAAGGAAAUAAUAUAUUGUGUUAUAAUAACUAUUAACAAAGAGCGGAAGUUAUGCAUUGCCUAUAGCUGGUGUUUCCUUUUCGAGCGACAUUUAAUUUACCAGUCAAAAAGCACUGAAAACUUGAAUUUUUAAGUUUUUCAAGUCUUGAACUUCCAAAAAAGUUGAGACGAAGUGUCAAAAAUGGGCGAAAAUUCUUUUUUUCUCUGCUUCGCGUUGUUGUUAUAGCUGCAUCUGUUGUUCACUGAUUUUUUCCCAAGUUUUUAAAGUUUGGGUAAAAAUUGAAUAAAAAAUUUUGUUAAGCAUGAAAAGAAGUAUAUUUUCCUUGACUUUCAUUUCGGUGUCGUGAUUUAUGAAAAAGUUAUGUUUGGUGGAAGGCCAAGAGUUCGAAUUCUUUCAGAAAAUUCCAACUAUAUUGCCUUUCUUUGGCCAUAACUUUGUUACGAACUACUAAAUCUACAUCAAAAUUCGGGAAAAGAUACAUUACUUUGUUCUCUACGUUACCUUAUGUUUCAAUUUUACUUUUUUUCAACGUUUCUAUCUUUUACUCGAAUAAUAAAUGGCAUAUUUUCAGGGCAGGUGGCAAUGUUCUCGUUCAAACGGCAAUGUGUGAGCUUAUGGAUAUAUCCAUUAUUGACAAAAAUACAAUUGCGGUUACAUUAGAGUCAACAACGCACAUGUUCAAGGCCGAGAAGUUUAUCUUCUUUCGUUAUGCUCCAGGUUAUGGUUUGUGGGUAUCUGGCAAGCAUUUUCCAAAUGCCGAUUGCGAUUUGGCCUUCGAAGCGUUUCGAAGCUUUGAUGUGUAUCCGCUGAUGUUUACGGUGAGUUUUUGAUGGAUUAUUUAGGGAAAGUAAUCCUAGUUAAUAUAGGUUUUGUGUGAGUUCGCUAUGUUAACGUAGAUUUUGCUAUUUUUUGUUGUUCAAAGAAAGUUUUUGCUGUUUGACGUUUAGUAAGGGACAUUCUUUUUAUGAUUUGUAAAGAAAGUUCUUACCAUUUUUCAUUUUGCAAAGAAAGUUAUUGUCAUUUUAUGUAUUGUAAAGAAAGCUAUUGUCAAGUUUCGUUUUGUAAAGAAAGUGUAUUCUGUAUAUGUCUUUAAAACAUGUUAUAUUGUUUCUCGGUCUGAUGUUAUCCUUGUUGCAGAUCUCCGAUGGAGCCAAUGUCUCGAUCAAGGAAAUGUAUCCAGACAGGUUUAUUCGUCGACCAUUCACUUUGAUCUAUGAAGACGCUGUUGGACAAUAUUCAGGACACAGUCGACUCCCGUCUGAAGCCUACUCAGCUUCGUUUAAUGGAACAUUCGAACCAACAUACUCCAAUGAAAUAUGGGUUUACUUGAGUUUGGUUAUUCCUCUGAUCAUGUAAGAUUGGGAAGGUUUAUAAUUGUUUUGGGGUGGAAUAGGGUGUGGUAGAGUUAUUUUAGGUGUGUGUAAUAAGCUAAUGUAUGAUGAUAUUAAAGGGCAGGGAUAGCAGGGUAACUUUGACAUAAGGAAAGAGUAACAUAAAGUCAAGUAAAAAGAGUUUUGGGUUAAGUUAAGGUCAGAGAAGAGUAGGUUACAGUUGUGCAUUGUGGAGUAAGGUAAUGUAAUGUUCGGUGGGUAAUGCAGCGUUGGGUAAAGUAGGAUAAGUAUGAUAAGGUAAAUGAUAAGUUAGACUAAAAAAGGAUAAGUUAGGGUAAGGCAGGGCAUUUUUAAAUUUUAAUUUUGCUUCUAAUGAUAUACGUUUUUCAGAGGAUUGAUUGUUGGGUUCUGUGUUAUUUACAGCUUUGUCAGAUGUUGUUGGUGGAGUAUUGUAGGUUAUUUCUUAUAUUGUAAUAAAUAGCUUGUGAAAUUUAUAUUUUUUAUUUCAAAAAGUUAAAUUUAAAAGAGGAAAAAAAGAUUUUUUUUUUCUGUUUUUAUAGCGACUUUGGGUUAAUGUUUAAUGGCAUCUUCGGCUUAAAACUUUAAUUUGUAGUGAUUUUAAAGUAAUAAUAUGUUUUCAGUACACGUGGGAGAAGGGAAAAAGCGACGAUAAGGACUCGAAAAACAAGAAGGACAAGAAGAGUAGUGGUAAGAGCAAGAACGAAAAGAGCAAGAAGGAUAAGAGCAAGAUGAGUAACAAGGAGACGAGCAAGAUGAGUCAGAAGAGCAGCGGUAAGUUAAAAUUUUUUAAGUAAAAAAAUUCGAAAUUUGGGUUAUUUUUAAAUUUUUUGCAAGUUUAUGGAGGAGGGGAGUACAGUGGGAGGCAGGAGUAAGGUAGGGUACAGUAAGAUAGAGUAGGAUAAAGUAGAGUAGGGAAGGUUACAGUCGGGUAGGGUAGGAUAAGAUAGGAGACUGUAAGGUAUGGUAAGUUAAUAAAAUUUAAAAUUACUUCGUAAAUAUUGAUAAAAAAAUUGAAUUUUCAGCUGUUUCCCAAACCGCUGAUCCAUCAAAGCCAGAAACAGGUGGCGUCAAAUCCUACAGUUUGGCCCCAGGCGGUGGUAGUGCUGAUGGAAACUACGAAAAUCUUUAA